UUCUGCACAGAUUUAUCCUCUGAUUGAGUCAGUCUGCAGAAAAUCAGCUGGUGUUUGAUGGACUCCGACUCUAUUAAACUUCAGUCUGUGAUUGCAUCCGGUCAGACGCCUGAUAUUCUGAUUUUAGAAGAGUUUGACGUGAAAGUGUGUGAAACUGCUAGUGUGGGAUGGCCUGUUUUAAUCUCUAAACAUUGACAAUGUUGUCAGUUCUGCUCUGAUUUCUUUAGUGCACUCCAGUCUUAAAUCACACUACACACACCUUGUGAAUCUUUACAUGAUGCGUGAAAGCUUUUCAAACCUGAUGAAAUGCAUGAAAUAUUGUUUUAGAUAACAGUCAGAGAGGAAUAACUAACACUAACUAUUAAUGAUCUGUGUGUGUGUGUGUUUGUUGUGAUGAUGUCACUGGUUAUUUUUACACAUUCGGGCUAUUAUUAUCUGGUCACUCCUCGUGUCGUCACGGCUGAGUGUGUCUGGCUCAGGUCUCAGGUUGAGCUCGAGACUAUAUAAACACGAAAGACUCGCGGAUCACACACACACUCUCUCUCACACACACACUCAGCGGUCAGAGGUGAGGCAAGCUCCACACCGCUCAACUAACUCUAACUCUAUGUAUACUAACACUGACCUGUCCUCGGGUUUGCAUGUUAUAGACGUUUUCUUCAACAUCAAUGAAACCCUUUCCCUGUUUUUCACAUGGGCUUUUUGCUCCAGAUCUCAGUGAGGAUGAGCGUCGCGAGCGUCAGACGGAGCCAACGCGCGUCGAAACGCUUCAGGUCCACUAAAGGAGCGUCCAAAGCGCGUCGGGAUCUGAUCAACGCUGAGAUUCGGAGCCUUCGGGAGCUUCUUCCCAUCGGAUCCGAGGAUCAGGAGCGUCUGUCGUACCUGCACUCCAUGGCCCUCAUCUGCACCUUCAUCAGGAAGAGUGUUCUGCUCACAGGUGUUGGUCCAGGUGUUGCUGAGGACUUCAGUGGAGUGUCUGCUCUGAGCGAGAUCUUUCUUCAAGCCCUGCCUGGAUUUAUGGUGGCGUUGACCGAAGACGGGAAACUCCUGUAUGUGUCGGAGAACGUGGAAGAACAUCUCGGCCUGUCCAUGGUGGACGUGCUUCAGGGAGACUCGUUCUACGAUAUGAUGGACAGUCGAGAUGCAGAAGCGCUGAAGCUGGCUCUGAGAGAUCCGGACGACCCCACAGAGAGGAGUCUGGUGUGUCGAAUGCGCUCCUCCAAGGCCUUCCGGCUCCGGCACGGCUGCGGCUCGACUCUGGUGAAGGGACGGUUCCUGAACUCCUGUGUGUUCGUGGCUCUCUGUUCGCCCACCGCCGACAGACUGCAGGAUCUCCACACACUCCACACACUCCACCGGCCCGACAUGAGCCUCGCUCACGCCCCCUACAGUGUCGUCUUCCACCUGGGUUUCUCAGCGGAGGAGCUGAUUGGUCGAUCGUGGUACGGCCUCCUGCACCCUGAUGACAUCACACUCGCGGCCCGCUGCCACACGACCCUCCUGCGAGAGGAAGGCGACACACACACACAGAUGCUGGUCCGCCUGCAGCGCCGGGAUCUGUCCUGGGUCUGGGUCUACGCUUGUGCAACUAUAGGAGCAGCCAAAGAGUCCAUCUCCUGCACGAGCCACAUCAUCAGUGAAACAGAGGCCGUCUAUCUCAAACACAAGCUGUACGGCAGCACUCCGGUGUCUCCGGGUCCGACGGCAGCAGAGAUGCGGAUCAAGACCGGGAGCAGCUCGGAGACCGGCUUCUUCCCCACGCCGCCCUACAGCCCCACUUCCUGCCACUCCUCCGACUUCCUGUCUGACGACUUCCUGUCCUCCGGCCUCAGUGCUCUGGAGCAGCUGGUGAGCGACUCGCGCUUCUGCCCGCCAGCGUUCGCUGCGUCUCAUCCGUACCCACCUGCCGUGUGUGUGCCGGACUCUCACCUAGUGCCCGUGUGUGUGCUGGACUCUCACCGGGUGCCCGUGUGUGUGCCGGUGCUGGACACGAGCGAGAUCCCGGAGCACUUCCUGUUUGGGCCGGAUCUGACGCCGGAGUCCUCACCCGCUGCAGACACACACACACACUUCCUCUACGGCCUGCCGGACUCCGGCACACUGGACACACAGACACACUCGCUGGCCCAUCAGAUCCGCUCGCUGGACACACACUGGCCACUGCUGGACGAGACGGUGAUCGACGGGAUCCUGCGGGAUCUGGAUGCAAUCAGACCCUCGGGGUGUGUGUGUGACGGCCCCUCGCAGCUCCAGCACUGCCUGUACGCCGCCAUACAGUAGAUCCGGUCAUGUGACGCUUACGGAUGAAUACACACAACUGAAGUCCGUGACUUACUCUAGUAACCCAGUAUGGCAUAUUGCCAUGGUAACCAGUGGCUGGUUUCCGUGGAGAUUUGAUGAGGUGUUGGUGAGAACAGGUUUCUCGUCAUUUCUCAAGAAUAAUUUAUAGCUGCUGUGUUUUAUGUGAAUUGUUUUAAGUCUUAACAUGUACCACUACACCACAAAUGAUUUGAAACACACAGAGCUAGGGUUAGGUGUCUCACACUCACACACACACACACAGCUGGGGUUAGGUGUCUUGCUCAUGGACACCUCCACACUUGGUCAGGUGGAACUGGGAUUGAACCACCAAUCUUCUGGUUUGUAGAUGAACCACUGAGCCACUGCCGCCCCUAAACGACAUAUCUUGAUUUAAGGAUGUUUAGAUAUUGUUCUUGUAAACGGUUCAAUAAUAAGCUGCACUGAACUGAAUCUACCUCAUCAAAUCACUGUAUUUAUUUUCUGUACUUCACAGAAAUCUCACUCCAUGAAUGAAUUUAAAGUUUCUCUCGCCGUCUUUCAGAAUAAUCUGUAAUGUUUAGAGUUUAUUUAUAUAUUCUUGCUUCUUGUUUCUAUUUUUGUAUGUAAUGUCAAUAAAGUUAAG